AUGCCGGAAGAUCAAUCUAUCGGUCCAGACUUGGAAAGAGUUCUCGAGCACUUAGACGAUUUCGCCCUCAAUGCUCAGAAUUAUCAAACAAUACAUGAUGCUUUAGAAAAAACGCAAGGAAACAUUAAAGUGACGGUUGUGGAAAAAUUACUUAAUAUAUGCGUACGUGAUUUAAAAGAAGAUAUGAAAAAUACCGUCAACACAUUAAAUGUUUUGGUUGCUGUUUUGAAUAAAAUUAAGGCAGGAGAAUUUCAUCAACUGCCAGACCUUGUGCCGUCAGCUGUUGCUGUACUUCACAUAAUUAAAACCACAGCACUACUCAACAAAGUAGAGGGACUUAAGAUGCUGUGUUUUGAAAUUUUACUCUCUUAUCCUAAUGAUGUUCUUGUUACUUUAGGGGUUAGUCAUUAUAGUGAAAUAAUGGAGAUGUUGAAUUUAUACUGUCACCAGAGAAUUCCAUUGGAGAUGAGGCUACAGCCUAUGAACAUAAUCUUCAAAUUAUUAAAAAUUUUGCCACCUGACAAAAAAACACUCUUUGUGAGGGAGGGUGUUGGGGUCUGGUUUUCUAAGGUAGUACCAACAGUAAUGGCUUUUGCAACUUCUGUCAAUACAAAGAAUACUAUGCCCAUUGAAACACUUGAGAUGCUGACAGAGGAACUUGUUGCAAUUGACUAUGCUGAUCAUCCUAACUGGCAAAUGGUUCUUGAGUGCAUUUACACACCACAUAAGUACCCAGCAAUCAUGAAGAAUCUUUUAGAAGCAGGUAGUGAUCUAUGGUCCCGAUUAUGGAUGAUUUUUAUAAAAUUACUUAAGAAUCAGAUUACCAAGAGUAACAAUUCUGUUGGAAGUCCUAUUAACUCAAUGUUGCCAGUUGUAGAAACAGCAUUUAAAAUGAAUGUAAAGAAUAGGUGUAGAGCAUUUUUAUGCUGGAAUGUUUUGAUAGACAACUUUUCUACAGAAACCAAUGAAGUUUACAUAAAUAAAAGACUUAAGUUACUUAUAAUUCCACUUACGUCUAACAAUGCAAAAGUUGAAGAGACUGCUCUAGCUAAGCUUAAUACAUGGUGGCAUUUAAUAAGACAAUUUGAAACAAAAAUCGAAAAAUUCUCUGAUACAGUUCUUCUUCCUUUCCUACAUUUUUGCUUUGGCAAAUCUACAGUACCUGAAAAGCCUGUGUUUGCUCCUGGAUUACUCACAAUUAAUACAAAAAGGCAAGUCUUGCAAGCAUUUGCCAACAUUGCAGGUCAUGUUAAUUGCGACUGUACUGUCAACAUUGCCAAACUCAAUAGUAAAAUACUCACUAGUAAAUUGUUAGUGAAUCAUUGGAAAACUUGGGUGAAUUCAUUAACUAUGACAAUAAGAAUAUGUGUCAAUGAUAAUAGUGAUUCUGCCACUCAACACUUCAAAUGUAUUUGGAAAUCAUUUAUUGCAACUAUUGCUGAAGUAUCAGACAGCAAUAUUAGACAUAAUUUAUUUAUUGAUCUCUUGACUAUACUAGAGGUACUAAUCCAGAGUCCACGCUGUGACAAGCUUGCAGACUUAAUCUUUAAUGUAGUGACAUAUUCAUUACUUGACCACAAUGAAAAAGUUCAACCUUUGUUCAAGGCAGAAAAUGAAGAAAACAACCCUAUCCAUAAAAUUGUCAAUUUAAUUUUGAAUCCUAAACUGGACUAUGUUUUCACAAGAUAUGAUGCCAAAGAAAUUGUAACGAAAAUCAAACCAUUAACAAACUUUAUUGCUGAUGAGUAUUUAAAUCAAGUGAUAGAAGGCUAUUUAAAGAAACCACUAGUUAAAAAUAACAGCCUAAUGCUAUGGACUGCACUGUCAGAAUCUAUUUGCAAAUUGAAAUGUGACACUAGUGUUGAGAUGUUGCGGAACAUGCUAUUGUUGCCUUUGAAGUCGAUGAGUUUGUUUACAUCGGUGGAAAUAUCUGUUUCGGCGUGGAUUUCGUUAUACAACUAUGGAAAAAGUAAAUUAAGCACCACUUCCAUUGACGAAGAUAUAUCUGAAAUGAUUUCUGAUCGUAAUUUUACAAGCGCUGCAAAUAAACAUUUUAUAUUCAGAACUUCAUUGGCCCUUUUAAAUAAUAGAAUAUCAAGUGAAAAUGAAAAUCUUAUUUUGAAGAUCUCCGAGACACUGCAGUAUGUUACUAAUGGCAUGGAUUACCUGUAUGUUGAACAUGAUCUUCCAUUUUUCGUGAACAUUUUAAUUUUGUUACUUAACAAAGUUAAUAAAGUAACAAAUACGAAAUUGGCUGAAACAACUAUAUCGACGAUCAACAAUCUUUUGAAAAUGAUAUCAAGAUACUACAAGCAACAAAGUGAAAAUGACAAUCAAGUAUUAAACGUUGUUGUUAAACUUUUCGAGCCCUUGGAUUCAAUAUUUCGUAAAGAAGAUUAUACUAACCUUAAGUCAAUAAUAUUGGACGAGUUAAAAAAAUUCAUGCCUUAUCUAAAACAUAAUAGCGUAGAGAAAACUGUGCUUACGACUGUAAAUAAUAUUUUAAAUCAAAAAUUAAAUAAAAGUGCACCUGCAGCAGUUCUAAGUACCGGUAUGCCACCUGGUAAUCAAAAGUUACAUGAAGAUAAAGUAAGUGCCUCAAAUUUGAGUUCAGACGAUCAUAACAAAUUUACCGCGCCAGUGGUUAAACCAGUUACUAAGAAAGGAAAGAAAAAGGAAUCAAACAUUAUUGAUACGGUUGUUGAGAAUGGAGAAGAAUAUGUUGUUGUGAAUUCCAAUUGGAAGUUUAAUCCAAAAAAGUUAACUGACAAUCAAAAGGAAAAAUUACAAAGAAAGAGAGAAGAUAUACCUGCUUUGUAUCAAGACUUAUCUCAAUCUCAGGAUGAGUUUAAAAGAGCUUUUAGAACAAAUUCAGUUGAUUCUUCAACUAGCAGCAAAUCUAACACCACAGAAAAAGAAGAUACCUCAUUAAUAUUAAAAAACAUGCCAUGUUCCAGUGUCGUACCUCGAAUAAUUGAGAAUAUUUUAACAGAAAGCGUUAAAAAAGCUAAUCCAGAUAAUAUAAACAGAGAAAUAAUAGAAAAUAAUCUUAAUAGUGAUCAGAAACAACUAGAUAUUAAAAGCCCUAAGUCACCAAGAGUUAAUUUAAAAGAUAGAGUAUUCAGAAAUGUCCGAAAUUUGAUUGAAAAAUCUGGUAUGCAAAAAGACGUAGGGGAAUUAAAUUCCACCGUCAGUGAUAAUUUUAUAACAACCCCGCCGCCCAAACAAGAUUUUAAUGUUAAUAUUGUUAAUUCUGCACCUCCAGAAAUAACUUCUGAAAGACCUUCUCGAGUAAAGAGAAAGCCAAAGAAAUUUGAUGAUCUCAACUUAUUGUCCCAUAAGAAACGAAGAAAUUUAGUAAGCCAAGAUGAUUCACCGAGUUUCAGUGAAAAUAACAGCGAUCCGCAUAUAUCUGAAGUGGAUAAGAGAUGUGAAAACGAACCUAAUAGUAUACUUGCUGAAGCAGAAAUAAUUGAAAAUGCUAUACGGGGCUUCGAGAAAAAUGUAAAUACUAAUAUUGAUGCAACCAACUCUGAUAAUAAUUUAUUUCAAGGCCAUGCCACAAACUCAGAACCAUCACAAAGCCAUGAUGAAAGUACAAAUGUCAAAGUCAAUGCUGAAGAGAAGAAGAAAACUGAAGAUCUGGAUAAUGGAGAGACAAACGUUCCUCCUAUAUCUAGUGAUCUUUCAUGUACCAUUGAAACUUUAAGUGAAACAGACUCCUGUAAUGUAAGUGAUCGCAAAAAUUCGUUGACGCCAAAUAAUGCUAACAAAGUCGAAAGGUCGUCAAAAUCAUCUUCUAAAAAAUGUGGUAAAAGAAAAUCUCGAAUCGAAAAAGAAUUAGCUAUCGAUAUGGUCGAGGGACAUCCAUUUUUGAAAAUGCAGUCAGAAAAGCGAUUAACAAGAAAACAUGUUAAGGAUACUUCACCUACAGUGAAAAAAAGAAAAAGCUUGGUAGAAAAAUUGAAUAAAUUGAAAACUGAUAAAAGUUCGUCAAAAUCUGACAAAAACAUAAAAGAUAAGGAUAAGUCCAAUAAAACAAGUAACGAAAAACAAAACGAUUCAUUAGAAGAAUUUUCUUCGUCGCAGUCUCAAGAUGUUAUUGAAAGUUCCCAAGAUUCUACUAUUUCAACUAUAUCGACUAUAUCUGCAAAACCCACAAAAAUAUUAAUCAAAAGAAUACCCAUGGUAACUUUAGAAAAUAUGAAAGAAAUUCCUAAAGGCUUAAAAGUGCCUCAAGUUAAAGAGAUUUCAUCACAUGAAAAUACAGACGCAAGUGUCAUAGAGAAUAAUAAAUCCUCAACUUCACAAAAUAACACGGAUAUUGAAUUACCCUGCAAUAAAACAGCAGUUGAAGAAAAAGUCGAUUUAGAAUCAACUGAAAAUAUGGACACGGAACCUGCUGAGUACAACUCUAGUUCAGGAGAAGUCAUAGAAAUUAGAGAUGAUGAUGACCCACCGAUUGUUAUCAACACUGACGACAGUUACAUAGAUUCAAGUACACUGGAUACAGCUAAUGCUGAUACUCAAUCACUAGAUCCAGCUCUGUUACUUGAAGAUAUCAAUUCAAGCAAAUUGCCUGUCUUGUCUGCUGUUCACCAAGACAUUACAGUAUCUGAAAAAGGCUGUAGCGGGGAUAAUAAUACUGAAAAUGCAACUACACAAAGUUUGGAAAUUACACAAACAAUAACUGAACCAUCGAUAAAUUCUCAAUCAAAAGAUGUUAAUACAGAUUCUUCUCCAUUCAAGGAUGAAGCACAAAGAAAACAAGAUUUUAUGAAUAAUACAUUGGAGAUAUCGCCCAUUAAAACAAUGAGUCCUGUACAAGAAGAAAAAAAAUCACCUACUCCCGAAACCAGCAGUGAUUUUGUAGUUAUAACAUUAUCAUCUCCUGUUCAAAGUAAUGGAGAACCAUUUGAUAAAUCUGACUCACCUGAAAUUUUUACAAAUGAUAAAUUAUCACCAGAUAAAAGAGAUCAAUCACCUCCAAGGGAAGAAUUUAUAAUUAAUAAUUCAAGUCCUAGUUCUUCUCUAUCCUUGAAGAAAAAUCGACCGCAAGUAAGACCCAGUGGUAGAGCAGCGCAGAUGCUAGGCUUGUGUGUACCUGAUAGGCUACAGACCAUAAUUAACCCAGAAAAGUCUACAGAGCCUGAGGAGAAUAAAAAAUCCAUGGCUAUGAAUACGUCGGCCAGGCGCAAUUUACGAAUAUUAUAUAAUUCUACUAAUGAAAACAAUGAAUCGUGUGAUGAAAAUGAAGAUAAUGACUAUUUUCUCAAGUUGAAGCGUUCCCUACCUACAGCUGACUGUAGUCCUUCUGGUCCUAUAUUGAAAAGGAAACUCGCUGACAUCAUUGACGAGGCAACCGUUUCUCCCGCAUCUAAAAGAAAACGAGUUAGUUUUCAUGACCCACCUGUAUCCACAACUGUUUGUGUUAAAAAGUACAUAGAACCAAGUGGCAUUCGUUCACCUCAGAAUUCUGCUUAUAAACGCCAGGAAAGACAGAUACGAGCCCAGACUAAUAUGAAAUCACCAAAAAGGCUAGACAGUGUAUUUAAGUUAGAAAAUGUGCUGACGAAAACUGUGGAAAGUUUUGUUGAAAAUGACAAAAAUAUGACAAAUGUUGACGACAGCGAAAUGAGUUCUCUUGAACAAACACCUGUAGCAGAGGUUCUUAGAACGACUGACUUAAAUGACACAGAUCCUAUUUGUCCAGCACUAGUUAAUUGUAAGGAUCCAAUUGAUAACAUUGCGACAGAACUGUCAUCUCCUGCUAUGAAAUUAUUACUAAUAAGAGAAUUCGAGGGAAAGGUGGAAACAGUUGGUGACUUAGCAAAAAUGACAGAAUUAGAAGUAAAUAGGUUAUGUAUUAAGGCUCCUAAAGUACAAGUAGCAAAACGAGUAUUAUCUGAUUAUGCUUCCAAAAUAGAAAUCUUGGACGAAGUUGAAUUAACAAAAACCAAUGAAGUUUACGAAAAAGAAGAAACAAUGGUUUUGAAAUUUGAUGAAUGUGAUAAUCAAUUAGAAACAGAUGUGGUGUCAAAAAAUAUUGAAGUGCAAACAGAAGCACUGUUGGUGACUGUAGCCUCUACACAAACAGAUAAUAUAUUAACUCGUAAUAUUGCCGCACAAACUAAUGAAUCUGGAGAGACGUCGACAUCUAGUCUAAUUACAUCAUCAUUGAAAGAGAGACCUGACUUUGUAAGUAGGCUAAGUGAGCAACUUGACGAAACUUUUAAGCAAGAGAUUACCCAUAAUAUGUCUCUUGACAAUGUUACAAAGUCAUUAUUAAAGAAAAUAACUAUAACCAAUUCCUUUGACACGUUAAGCACGUUAUUGGAACAUCAUCGUACACUCGGCCCUUCUGAAGAUAAUAAGAACCAGUUAUCAGUUAUACAAAAUUAUUUGUGUAACAGGUUUGAUAAAAAAGAUUUAAUUUUAUUCUGUAGUGAAUUAUUACGAAAAGUUUAUGAAAAACCCGCGUAG